UCGGGGAAUAAAAAUCUAAAAUUAAAAUCUGUUUUUUUCCCUUAUUUAACUUUCGUCCAAGACAAGGAAGAAAAAGGCGAGAGCAGGGGUGAGAAGAAAGGUGAAUUGGGGUUAAAGUUGAAGGCCGUGUUGUCUGUUGUCGCCUUGGGCUCGCUGACAAGCGAAGGGAGUCAACUGUGUAUUUUCUCCCUUCUCUCAACCGAAUAGGUCUCAAAUCAGUUGUGUUCAGCGUCAACCUGGCAGAGUGUGUGUUUACGUUGGAACAAAGAGGACAGGAGCAAACUAGAAAGGCUAACACAUUGACAUAUACAGGGACUUAAGAUUCAGUUCAAUACAUUGGCCUGCAUAGAAAGAAAUAGAUACGAGAACACAAAGCCUGUGAAGAUGAGUCUUCUAGGGCGACGAAAGAUAGUAUUCGCCUGCUUUUUAUUCGUUGGCUGCCUUCAAGAUGUUUUAGGAUCUGGUCAGAUUGAGGUCAAAUUUUCAAGUUACUCAGACUCGUGUCGAGAAGACUGGGAUACAAACAAAUGCGACCCCAAGUUUUCUUUCUGCUACGGACGACCACAAAAUACUCCAUUUACUAAUGGAGGUUGUCAAUAUCUUUUGAAAGGAGAAACUGGUCAUUGGCAAGAUACAAACUAUAUAGUUUUCAACUCAGACAUGAAAGGUGUUCCUAAUCCAUUGAUUGCAUCAGUUAACAAAUUUGAGGAUUCCAGUGUGACCCUUGCAGUAAAGGUCAGAGAUGAUGACAUCUUUGAAGAUGACUAUCUGACUACCAUAACUGCUAGUUUAAGUCCUGUGUAUAGGUCAAAGGAAGAGUCACAGUGGAGCAGUUCUUUAACCAUGAGCCAAGGCAAUUACAGGAUGACCUACCAGUUCCGCAUGUUCUGUGAUGCCUACUACUACACAACGUCCUGUAGUGUCUAUUGUAAGCAGCAGGACUCCAGUUCUGGCCACUACACAUGUGACCCUUCAACAGGUUCCAAGUUGUGCCUGAAAGGCUGGAAGGGCCCUAACUGCGCUGAUGAUAUAAACGAAUGUGAACAAGGCUUUUGUGUACGAGGAGAGUGCAGGAACUUGCCUGGUGAUGUCCAGUGUAUUUGUCCAGCAAACUACACAGGUAAAGACUGUUCUGAAUUGAUCAACCCCUGCAAGUCUUCACCUUGUCUCAAUGGAGGUACCUGUUUUGCUCAUAGCUCACAGUUCACGUACUUAUGCACCUGCAAGGACGGCUGGCAGGGUAAGAACUGUGAGUCAAGAGUUGACCCAUGCAGCAAGUCUCCUUGCUCUAACGGUGGCACCUGCACAUCCCAGCCAGGGGCAACAUCAUAUGAAUGUCUGUGUAGAGAGCCAUACUAUGGAGCCAAUUGUCUUCAGGUUCUUACCACAACAACAUCAACUACAACAACAACUACAACAACAACAACAGAAGUGCCAACUACAACCACCACCACCACCACCACCAGCUUGCCGAGUACCACCACUGAGAACCCAACGACCACCAGUACACUGGUCACUUCCACGUCUAUUCUAACUAGUGAGCCGGCUACAACCACGGAACCUACCACCACUAGUGUAACUACAGCACCAGAUACAACUCCUAGUACAACUACAACGCCAUCUACAACUUACAUCAUGGUUGAAACUACACAAGCUGAAAGUUCAUCAGAAAGUAUGGUGGCUGAUGCCCAUAGAUUAGAGUCCCAGGAAGACGAAGGAUUCCAGAUAUGGUACAUUGGUAUUAUUGUAGCAGCGAUGUUGUUAGCAUGUUUGGUUAUAGUGGUAUUCAUCAUUUUCAGAAGAAGGCGCCAUGCAAAAUCACAAAAAGAAGAUUUAACUUGCAUCAGCCCAACUGGCUCCAAUCUGGUGUUUGAGAACAACAUGUACAACAACGCUAACAGAAAUAAUCUGGCCAAAGAGAAAUGUGCUGAUAGUACUUCUCCCUCUCAAGUUAUUGUCCAAUGUGGAGACACACAUAGUGCAGAACAGUGUGCUAAUCCAACAUAUGUGGAAGUGGAUGAAUGCUCCAUGCCCGAUGGAGGCUACUGUAAAAUUGAGGACAAGCUGACAAGAUCAUCUCAAAACUGUGAACCUAAGAGGACAGUUACAUUACCAGAUAAAGCUGAGCUUAAUAAUUAUGCUGACUUUAAUACAUUGAGACAUCAGGCCAAUCAGAACCAACAGGAAACUGGUCACCCUGAUCCAUUGUAUCAAGACCUUGACAGUGUUGGGGAGCGGGACACUGCUGAUUCUGCUCCAACUUUCAGAGCCAAUUCUAAUGAUUCUGUUACUUUUGAUUUAACAACUCCAGAACAAGAAACCAAGCCCAGGAAAGGACUUCCCACGGAGUAUGAUCUUCCAGCCAGUUGUCUUCCACCACCUCGGAUGCAAAGGUCACUGCCACCAGUUCCAGCCUUUCCCCCGGUCAUUAGCAGCUCGGCCGAAGCCGGCUACGAUGUCCCAAAAAACCAGGAUCCUGCCAAAGAUUAUGAAUCUACUGACGAGGAAGAUGUCCAGGAAGAUGUGGCUCAGUUGAGAAAAGAAGUUGAGGAGAGAUACAAGGUUCCUGUUGUCAUUAAACAUUCAGGAGAAUCUUCAUCUUAAAGUUUUUUUAGAAACUUAUUGGAUAACACAUAGGUAAAAAAUAACAACAAUUCAUUCCAUUACUAAAAAGUUAAAGUGUAAAAGGAUAAUAACCUGUGAUGAUUUCUUUUCAAACAUCUUUACACAAACAUUUCCUUAAUAAUAACGAUCGUUUUUAAAAUGUCUUCUUUCAUCUACCCUGUGAUGUAUAACUACAUUUUAUCACUGUCACAUAUUCUAAUCUUUAGAGUAGACAAGAAGUUGUGAGGUAAUUAUUGUUUUAUAACAAUGCAAAACUUGGACUUGUGAAAAUCAUAAGUAUAUUGAUUUAUGGCAUUGUUUACUUUUAAGGUUGUAAUUUUGUACUAGUUUUGUGUAAGCAUUAUAGUCAUUUUGUGUAUUGAUUGUACCAACAGAAUGUAGUUAUCUUCAGUAUUUUGUCAACAAUGUUCUUAAGUUGGACUAAGUAGUUUAUGGUUGUUAGAUUCUUGAAUAAAGAACACAUUUUGUAAGAUUCCCCUCUGACACGUUAUUGUAGCCAAUUGCAAACUAGGGGAAAAGCGAUUGUCAUUAGUAUGAAUUACAAGAGAGCAAAACAUGGAAAGGUUUUGAGCAUAAUGCUAAUAUAAUUGCAGCAGGAUUUUCCGAGAGUUUGAUGGGCUAAGACUAAAAUCUUUUGUUUUGGUAUAUUGUGAUAAAGAAUUAGAGUUAGAUAUCUUAGAUUCACUCUUGAAUUAUCAUGUUUUAGGAUAAGCUGGAAAUAAUUUGUCAUUUCCAUUUCUUAUUUUGAAAAAACUGAGAAAAGAAAUGAUUAUCAUAAGUGUAUCUUAUUUCAUCAUUUUCAGACUUUCUUUUAAACAAUAAGAUUAUUAUAUUUUAUCAUUAGUAUAAAAAAAAAAUCUUUUCUAUUUUGAAUUUAUAUUCUUAUUCCUAAAGUUGUAGAAAAUUAAACAUUGUACACUUUGGUUAUAAAAAUCAAAGGGUUUUUGAUUUAAAGCAUUGUGUUUAUGAGAUAUAGCCCUUGGUAUCCAUGUUGACUGUUGGUUACCCCUGAGGACGCCGAGUGAUUGUUUGUUUUUUUCUAGUCUGCCGUUGUUUUGUGUACUUAUGUGCAUAAUUUUUUUUUGUUGCACUCACCAGAAAAAUGUUGCGAAUUGUAGGCUUACCAGUGAUAUUUUUUUUUACUUGAAAUUAUUGUUGACGGUCUAAAUUGUUGAAACUUAUAACAUUCCAUUUGUUAUGCUUUCUUUGCCUGAUAAGAUAUUAAAAGUUAUUUCGGAGAAAGAAACCUGUUGAUGCAAGUGAUAUGUACAGACUUAUGCUUAUCAUUCAAUAAGUAGUUUUCAAUAUUAUUUUUUUUUUAUGUCAGGCCAGUUUUUUUUUGGUUUUAGCAUUUUUUGUCUCUAAAAUGAAUCUUAUUCAAUGUAAAUAAUUUUAUUUUUUUUAAACUUUCUCUUUACAAAAUAAAUAUUUGACUUGUUGUUUUCUUGUAUCAUAAUUUUGAAAUUUUUGAUUUUUUAAACAGACACAUCAUGUUAUAUGAACCCCCGGUAGCAAAAGAAAAUAGUUUCACUAUACAACUUUUAAAAAAAUGCUGCAUACACCCUGCCCCCCCCCCCCCAACCCCCACACAUAUGUUAAGCUCCAAGGAGCCAGCCAGUAACACACAGUCACAGUACAACUCUUGUAUAUCUUUGUCUGUAAAAUGUCUUAGAUGUAAGCUAGUUACCAAGAAAUUGUACAUUCAAUUUUUCCUUUUCUUCUUUGCUUAUUGUAACAUUCACUUGUACAUAAUUCCAAACAGGACAAAAAUCAAUGCAUCAUGUAAGAGUAAGACUAUUCCCAUAUCAAAAUAUGCAAACUUCAUUGACCCAAUCUAAUUAUAAUAUUGAGGGAAUAUAAGUGAUUAGACUAUAAUGCUGGAGAGUUCCUAAUCGCACAUUCAUACAAAAUUUUGUGUUCUAAUUUCACUCCGAACGAUUAUUUUUUCUAAAUUUGGUCAUAAAUUUAAUUACAAUUAUUUAGUUGAUUUGCAGAUUUUACAGGGUGAAAGGGGAGACUAUUUAAUAAUUGAUAAUGUUAUGAAGUGGUCUCCCCUUUUAAACCCUUCCAUGUUGUUGCUUCAUGUUUUGGGCUUCCACGAACACAACUAUGUGAUUGGAAAAACCAUGGUUUCUUGCUAGACAGAACAAUGUUGGAUGUAAAGGUUGAAUAGAACCCCUUGUUCUUGUCCUCUCUCUUGUAGGCUUAUGCAUGUAUUCCAUUUACCCUUUUAUUGGAAGCUGCUAUUCAUAUAUGCAAAGUUUCAGUACAAAUGAAAUCAAAUGUACAUUUAAUGUUUCAAAUCAUGUAAUGAACUAAUCUCUAUGACAAUAUUAUUUCAUGCAUUAAACGCACAUUGUACAACAUUAAA